AAAUCUCUGCUGUCGUUGCGCCUUUCGCUCAGCCUAGAAAACUUAGUAUUAUCUUGCUUCAGAUUCCCGGGUUGUUGCCAGUCUGAUCCUCUAGUCCGGCACUAGUAUCAGCUCCUUAAUUCUGCGUUUCUCUGCAUCGUCUGUCUUCGCGAUGGCACAGGCAGUCGCCACUCCUCUCCCACGUUGUGCGUCCGUCUCCGUUUCUCCCGCAGUGACAGGCACAAGCAAGAGAGCGUUGCAGCUAGUUUCUCCGGCUUCCACCUCGUUAAGCCUGUCGCAGGCCUCAGUCGGGCGACGCGUUUUGACCAGUGAGAGGCAGUCGCGUAGCCCUUCCCUCAGUCGCACGUCUCGGCGCGCCGUUGUUCGUUCCCAGGCGACCACCGAAGAAGCACCGAUAUCAUUCCAAAUCGGCGAGACGAGUCUCUCCAUCCCUUUCUCUGUAGAGAAGGCCAGAGCUCUAGACGCUUCCAUCUCCAACCUGCUGCAAACCUUCCGGGAGAAGGAGAAGGCCACCCGGCCACAGAGAUGGACUACGAUGGAGUAUCGCCAUUCUGGGGAUGUCAGUAACGGGGAUGUUUUUAUCGAGGUGUUUUGCAACCCUAACGCGUACGCAAAUGCGUUUCAGGCGAAGGCCCUGAUUACGGUGAAGGAUGACAGGAUCAGGUUCACUUCAGAAGGUGCUUUGAGUGCGCUAAAGGCGAACAUAGACGAGUAUUUGAUGCGACAUGCUUGAGGAUUUGCUGAGAAUGUGCUGGUAAGGCCAUGUUUCAAACGUAUGCUUAGCUGCAUACCCUACCCAACCAUUCUGAAUUUCCAUUAUGUCCGCAACCAAAUGUUCCCUUAGGGACGUAUUGUUAGCAUCAAGGCGAAUAU